AUGGUAAACACACGAUCAGGUCUUCCACCCGCAAGCUCAUCCGCUCCAAACCAACCCCCUCCUGAGAAUAUCCCUGUUCCUCAAGAGGAAUCAUCAGAAGUGCCAGAGCCCCGGUCGACAGUCGUCACUACUGGAGCCUUUGAAGAGCUCAGACAACAGAUCGCCACAUUGACUCAGCUGCUAAGUCAAAGAAAUUCGCAUCCGUCAUCCACACCGGCACCCCAAGGGGGUUUCAUGGCUGAUACUCGAGCUCGAGCUCAUGUCCCUGACAAUGGCGGAGCAGGGGCCUCGGGUAUACCACAUGUGACCUCGGCCUCGAGAUCAGUGACCAUGGAGUCCGGGGAACUCGCUAGGAUUAUUCAAGAAGGAAUUACGGCGGGCCUACUUCAGGGCAACAAAGGGACGACAAGAUUCAGUCUCAACACUCCAUUUACUCCCGAGAUAUUAACAUUCCCCUUGCCAGACAGAUUUAAGUAUCCUAGGAUCAAAGAAUAUGAUGGGACCACCGAUCCAAUCAAUCAUCUGAACAUAUACACGGACGUCAUGAAUCUACAGGUUGCACCAGAUCAGGUGAUGUGCAAGGCCUUCCCGCAAACUUUGGCGAAUGCUGCUAGAGAUUGGUUCUCAAUCUUAGAGUCCAACUCCAUAGCCUCAUUCUCGGAUUUGGCGGACAAGUUCUACGCUUUCUUCGCAAGCAGCAAACACAUAAGGAAGACAUCGGCUUCCCUCAUGCAACUUAGACAAGGGCAAAAUGAGACCCUACCAGUUUCUGCCCUCACAUAUGCCAUAAAGUGCGAGGCUUUCAAGAUGUCUUUAUCCAAAACUCCACCAAAGACAGUCACCGAGCUUCUUACCCGAGCUGAGAAGUACAUAAAUAUGGAGGAAACACUGAACCCGAGAAAGGUUGGACCAUCCCAUGAAAGGGUCGAGCAUAAAAGACAGCAUGACCCGAACCCCCAUGAAGAACAACAUCGGAAAAAACAGAGACAGGAGGUUCCCCCGGCGCCGUUCACGCGUUUAAAUACGUCAAAGACCAAUCUAUUGAUGGAGAUCAAGGAUAUGAAGGAACUGAAAUGGCCUGUCAGAAUGAGGUCACCACCGGAAUCCAGGGACAUGAACAAGUACUGUGAGUUCCAUCGGGAUCAUGGGCAUACCAUGGAGAACUGUAAGGCCCUGCAACGGGAGAUUGAAGCCCUUAUUAAAAGAGGACUCCUGAGCUCCUACGUCGGUAACGACAAGCGCUCGAGGAAUGAUCGUGGCAGGAAAAAAGACCCUGAGGCAAAAAGGGAUGGUCAACCCACUACUGGAACCAUCAAUAUCAUCAUUGGAGGUAUUGCCUCGGGAGGAGACUCUAACAGUGGAAGAAAACAAUAUGCCCGACGAUAUGCCUUGGCCUCUGGGAUGCCUCAUGGAAAGCUAGAGGAUAUCACUUUUCGGACCGGAGACUUAGAAGGCGUAUCACUCCCACAUGAUGACGCCUUGGUAAUCUCAGCGAUUUUGGCCAAUUUUGAAGUAAAGAGGAUCUUGGUUGACAACGGGAGCGAGGCCAAUAUACUUUCACAAGAAGCUUUUGCCAAAAUGGGAAUCUCAUCUCAGCAGCUCAAAGCGGUUAAAACUCCUCUCCAAGGGUUUGGGAGAGGAGUCAUCACUCCAGAAGGUGUCGUCGAGCUCCCUCUAACUUUGGGUUCUGGCCAGAAACAGGUUACGGAGAUGACAUCUUUCCAAGUGGUACGUGUCUCAAUGGCCUAUAACGCUAUUCUGGGAAGACCACUUCUGAACAAGAUCAAAGCCAUUGUGUCUACCUUCCACCUGGCCAUGAAGUUUCCAACAAGUAAUGGCGUUGGGGUUAUCCGUGGAGACCAGACAGCUGCCAGACAAUGCUAUGUUGCCAGCGUUCGGGAAAUAAAUAACGACGUCAUGCAAAUCUCAAGGAUUGAUCCCGAGGACGGGCAGCAAGUCAGACUUGCCCCUGUCGAAGAAUUGAUGAAAAUUGAGCUCGAGCAUGAUAAGAAGGUGACUAUUGGUCAGGAUCUUGACGUCACCCUAAAGACAGAAUUUGUUGGUUGCUUAUCUUGCAACAUUGACGUUUUUGCCUGGAAGGUUGAGGAUAUGUCAGGGAUAGACCCUAAAAUUGCAGUCCACAGGCUUAACAUUAGCCCAGCGGCCAGGCCAAUAAAACAAAGGAAAAGACAGUUUGCCCCAGAAUGUCGGGAGGCCAAUGGUAAGUGGAGAGUCUACAUUGACUUCACAGAUCUUAAUAAAGCAUGUCCAAAGGAUAGUUAUCCCCUACCGCGGAUUGACAACUUGGUGGAUAGCACGUCUGGACAUAAGCUAUACAGCUUGGAUGCAUUUUCUGGUUAUCAUCAAAUCCUCAUGGCCGAGGAAGAUCAAGAAAAGACCUCAUUCAUGGCCGAUUCUGUCAUAUACUAUUAUAAGGUCAUGCCUUUAGGUUUGAAGAAUGCAGGGGCAACAUACCAAAGGCUCAUCAACAAAGUCUUUACUAACUUGAUUGGAAGGAAUGUGGAGGCGUACGUUGAUGACAUGGUGGUCAAAAGCAAACAGGUGGACCAACAUAUUUCAGAUCUUGAAGAAGUGUUCAACACCUUGCGAAAGUACGGAAUGAAGUUGAACCCCGCAAAAUGUGCAUUUGGCGUGGCCUCGGGCAAGUUCUUGGGCUUCAUGAUCACUCAUCGGGGGAUAGAGGCCAACCCUGACAAAAUACAAGCCUUGGCGUCUAUGGAAUCACCAAGGAACAAGAAAGAGGUACAGAGGUUGACUGGGAGGAUAGCAGCCUUGAACAGAGGAAACCAAGGCUUUGAUUGGAGUGAAGACUGUGAGAAAGCUUUCCAGGAGCUCAAGCAGACGUUGGCAUCUCCCCCUAUUCUCACUAGGCCUGAGCCUGGUGACACCUUAUUUUUGUACUUGGCCGUAUCUCAAAACGCUGUCAGCGGGGUCUUGGUGAAAGAGGUUAACAAAGUCCAGCAACCUAUCUACUAUGUAAGCAAGGUCCUACUCGAUGCGAAAACCAGGUAUACUUUGGCGGAACAACUUGCCCUUGCCUUGGUUAUAGCAGCACGGAAACUCCGGCAGUAUUUUCAGUCUCACCCUAUUGUGGUGCUCACUAAUCAACCACUUAGGCAUAUACUUCAGAAGCCGGACGUAUCAGGAAGACUGAUGAAAUGGGCAAUAGAGCUUGGGGAAUUUGACAUAGAAUUCAAACCACGCCCAUCUAUCAAAGCCCAAGCUCUGGCCGACUUCAUUGCAGAACUAACCCCUAGGCCUCGGGGGCCAGGUGAUAGCUCGAGCAUGAGCACUAAUUUGGACACUUGGCAAAUAUUUGUGGAUGGAGCAUCGAACUCCUCAGGCUCGAGCGCAGGGGUCAUCAUCAUCAGCCCUGACAAACAAACAGAGAUCCAAUGCGCUCUCAGAUUCGAGUUUGAAGCAACCAACAACAAGGUAGAGUAUGAGGCCGUCGUUAUUGCUCUUGAGCUAGCCCUUUGCCUAGAGCUCGAGUUCGUAAAGCUAUUCAGUGAUUCACAGCUAGUGGUCGGACAGAUUGAAGGAUCAUUUGAAAGGAAGGAGGAGAAAAUGAGUUUGUACUGUAUGAAGGUUCAGGAUCUUCAACGAAAAUUCAAGAGCUGUGAAAUUACAAAAAUUGCUCGAAAGGACAAUGGAAAAGCCGACGCAUUAUCCAGGCUUGUGUUCAUGGGGGUAGACGGCCUUGACAGAACGGUUCACAUUAAAAUCAUCACAGAACCCAGCAUCAGUCAAAUCCUCAACAUCAUGGACAUUGACAACGAACCAUCCUGGAUGGACCCGAUCAUAGAAUUCAUCACAAGCGGAAGUCUACCAAGCGAUGCCAGGUUGGCCAGAAGCAUCAGAGCCCGAGCUCCUAGGUACUGCAUGAUCAGCGGUGUCCUCUUUCGCAGAAGUAUUACUCUUCCAUACCUAAGGUGCCUCAGGCCAUCAGAAUCAUCCCAGGCCCUUGCUGAAGUUCAUGAAGGUGUGUGCGGGAAUCAUCAAGGAGCCAGGGCCUUGGCCUUUAAACUCGUACGAUAUGGAUACUACUGGCCAACUAUGAAAAAAGACGCCUUAGAAUAUGUUAAAAGAUGUGAUAGGUGCCAGAGGUUUGGUAAUGUUAUCCACUCACGAGCCGAAGAUCUCACCAACAUUAACUGUUCGGCCCCGUUCGAACAAUGGGGAGUUGACAUCCUUGGCCCCUUUCCUGUGGCAAGAGGCCAAUUAAAGUUUGUUGCUGUAGCAGUAGAGUACUUCACAAAAUGGGUAGAGGCCGAACCCCUCGCCACAAUAUCGGAGCCCAAGCUAAGAACCUUCACUUGGAGGUCUAUCAUUUGCAGGAUUGAUCACCGUCUGACAUCAGUUUCGUAUCCUCAGAGCAAUGGCCUGGCCGAGGUAACAAAUCGAAUCAUAUUGCAAGACCUCCGAACAAGAAUAACCGAUGUAAGGGGUUCUUGGUCCGACGAGCUGCCUUCUAUACUUUGGAUGUAUAGAACAACUCAUAGGACAACCACAGGAGAAACCCCUUUUAUGUUAGCCUAUGGCAUUGAAGCAAUGGUCCCGGUGGAAAUUAGACUGCCAAGCCAUAGGAGGCUCGUGCCAGAAACCUCGGAGCAUACAACUGAACAUCUUGAUCUCUUGGAAGAAGUACGGGAGCAAGCCGCUAUAAAGGUGGCCUCUUACCAAACUAAGACAGCGAAACAUUUUAAUAGCAAAGUCAAGGCUCGGAGGUUCAGAGCUGGCGAUUUGGUCUUGAGGAGGGCCGAAGCAGCAGGCCACCCCCCAGGGAAGCUCGGGCCCAUCUGGGAAGGGCCCUUUGAGGUCAUACGACAGGUUCGCAAAGGAGCAUACAGCCUAAGAGACACUUCUGGCAGACCUCUUCCGAGGCCCUGGAAUGCCGACAAUCUAAAAAUAUAUUACAAGUAA